GGAGCGGAUGAAGCAAGGCGAUGCGCGCACGGAGGAGAGAAAGGAGGGCAGGCUGAGAGAGGGGGGCCAUGCGACCCGAAGGAGACCAGCGAGAGCGAAAAGGGGACGGCGGACCACGAAGGCGAUCGGGCGGGCCCACGAGUGGAGGAGGAGGAGAAGAAGGAGGAGAGGAUUGAUUAUUACCUUGUGUGUAAGGCUGAAAGGGAGACUAAAAAAAGAGGGGGAGGCAAAGGGGAGGGGGAAAGAGGAAAGACAAGACAGACAGACAGACAGACAGAGAGGUCCAAGCCAGUCACUGCUGAGGGGAGCCCCGAUCUGGUUGGUUGUUCCCCCGGGCGUCACCUUGGAUCGUUGAACUUGGCUUUGCAUGCAGGUGAUUCUUUGGGCGUCAGCAUCGGCUUGAAUGGACGGAAUGAGAAUCAAUUCCCGCGUGCAGCUGAGGCCUUGGUGGCAGCGGAUCCUGGUCGCUUCCGGACAUAUCUGCGUCAUGAGUAG